AUGGCGACGUUCCCAAACCCGCUCAGCGGGAAAUUGAAAUCAACAUCUACUCCGACGAAGAGAUAUCACCCUUACACUCGGAUGAUCCGGAAAGAGGUUCACCGUGUAUACGACAGAAUUUAUGCCACAAUCUAUGGUCACUGUAUUGGAGAUGCCCUUGGUUUGUUGACGGAAACUUUGACGAGAGAUGAGACGAAGAAGAAAUACAGGGAAGUCUACCAUAAGUUUGAACUGGUGCACAAGAAAAUAUUGCCGGACAGUCAUCGGAGAAAAUGGAAAAUUGGAGACUGGACAGACGAAUCAGACAUCAUGAUUCUCAUUUUACAGUCAAUACUCAAGAACAAAGGGGAGGUGAUCCCGAUUGACUUUGCCAAGCGUUUAAUCGAGUGGUCGGAACAUGGGUUUCCGGAGUUGGAAGACGUGUGUGGCCUGGGAACGUGUCCGCAGGUCAAGGCGGUCAUCAACCACCCGCAGUUCUCAGAGGCUCCUGAAAAAGCAGCAGAAAUUGUGUGGCGUGACUCCCGUCAAUUACUGGCGACUAACAGUGCUAUAUCUCGCACGGCUGUGAUAGGUGUCCACUCUUACAGCACAAUAGGCAAAGUCAUCAAACACACCCUGGACAUCUGUAAAGUCACCCAUCCUGACAUCAGGUGUCAAGCAUCUUGUGUAGCGGUCACUGUUGCCAUUGCCCUAAUGCUGCAGAAAAAUGAUCGCCACAUGAAGAAAAAUGGGAAAUACAAUGUGAAUGGAAUUAUUGAUGAAACAUACAAGUAUGCAGCAAGGAUACUGAGUACAUCAGAGGAGGUGAAGGAGUUGAAAAGCUACAUGUCUUAUUGCUCCCUGAAGGAUCUGAAGCUAGAUGAGCCUGGGCGUACCAACUAUACAUACAAGACUCUAGGGGCGGGGCUGUGGGCACUCCGUCAGAAGGAUUUUAGACAGGCCAUACAGGACAUAGUGCUUGAGGGAGGAGAUGCCGAUGCUAAUGCUGCUGUGGCUGGAGCUUUGCUAGGCUGUAAACUAGGUGUGGAGGCCAUCCCGCCAACGUGGAUAGAACCACUGUGUCAUCGUAUGUGGCUUGACGAUAUACUGGAUGGAUAUUUUGAUAUUUUGGAGGGAAGAAAGACUUCUAAAGAAACGACAUUGUGACCUGACACUUAUGGAGUUGUCUUAAUGUGAUAACUGAGGUGUUCCCCAGAUAAAAUUGUGAUACGACAAAGAAUUCUACAGAUAUUCCUGUAAGGAGAGAGAGAGAUGGGAUUGUGAUACUCUACAGGGAAUAUUAAGAUUUUUGUGUGAGGAAUUAGGAGAUGCAAUGACACAAACCUCUUACAGAUGUGCAGCGGGGUGUGGGCUUUAAAUUUGCAAUCUGAUCCUUAGAUAAAUGGUGCAGCAUAAUUCCUGAAUAUAAGGAAUUGUUGACUUACAGAGACCAGAUUUGCAUGUUACCUCAUGUAUAUUUUCCGUUCAAUAGUGUAACAUGACCCAUGCAACAGCCUUUCUAUGGCUAAACGGGUCUUUAAUUACGUACUGUAUACCACGAAAAUUUCACCGCGGGUUAACUUUCGCCUUUUUGCCCUCCAAAAUGGGGGAGAAUUUGUCUUGACAACAAAUAAUAAUAUGCAAUAUAGUGUGUAAUCAUUACAUGUGAAGGGCAAAUUAACUCUUGGUUAGUAUAGAUUUCGUCAGAGAAAUGCAAAUGUUUCCUAGUAUACAAUAUAAACAUCACAUAGAAAGGCUGGUAUCCCUAUCAUAUCUAAGCUGGUAAAAGUGUUAUGUGUCUGCCAUUAUCUUUGUUAUUUACAUUUAUAUGUCACCUUUCGUUACAAUUCGAUACACAUAUCUAUAUACAAUGUCUUUCAUAAGUUUCAUUUUAUUAGCUCAC